GGGGGGGUGGAGUUAGUACAGUCAUGAAGGAGGACUAGUGAGGAACAGCUCUGAAGAUCCUUCACCACCUCCCUCCCUGGUACGGCCGAGCUGAUGUUCUCCCCGGAUCAAGAAAACAUCCCGACGGCCUCCAAAGCACCCGUCAAGUACGGGGAGCUCAUUGUGCUGGGGUACAAUGGAUCGCUGCCCAAUGGGGAUCGAGGGAGGAGAAAAAGUCGCUUUGCGCUCUACAAAAGGCCCAAAGCAAAUGGAGUGAAGCCGAGCACAGUGCACAUGGCGUGCACAUUGCAAGCAGCUAAGGCCAUCAGCAACAAGGACCAGCACAGCAUCUCAUUCACCCUGUCUCGCGCCCAGACCGUGGUGGUCGAGUACACGCAUGACAGCAGCAUGGACAUGUUCCAGGUUGGCCGCUCUACAGAGAGUCCUAUCGACUUUGUGGUGACGGACACGGUGCCCGGGGGCCAGACUGGCGGUGAUGCCCAGACGGUCCAGAGUACCAUCUCCCGCUUUGCCUGCCGUAUCACGUGCCAUCGCGCCCCCCCUCACAUGGCACGCAUCUAUGCUGCUGGCUUUGACUCCUCAAAAAACAUUUUUCUGGGGGAGAAGGCAGCCAAGUGGAAGACGGCGGACGGGCAGAUGGAUGGACUCACCACCAACGGUGUUCUGGUCUUGCACCCACGGGAUGGCUUCACUGAGAACUCCAAACCGAGUAUGUGGCGGGAGAUCUCCGUGUGUGGCAAUGUGUUCACACUGCGUGAGACACGUUCAGCCCAGCAGCGAGGCAAGAUGGUGGAAAACGAGACCCAUGAGCUGGUGGACGGCUCGCUUAUCGACCUGUGCGGGGCUACGCUGCUGUGGCGCACGGCCGAGGGCCUGUCCCGCACUCCCACACUGAAACACUUGGAGGCGCUGCGGCAGGAGAUGAACGCAGCUCGACCGCAGUGUCCCGUGGGCUUCAACACACUCGUCUUUCCUAGCAUGCGCCGCAGGGAGGUGGUGGAGGACAAGCAGCCCUGGGUGUACCUGCACUGCGGCCAUGUGCACGGCUACCAUGACUGGGGCAAUCGGGCGGAGCAGGAGCCCGGGGGACAGCGCGAGUGCCCUAUGUGCCGCACCCGCGGACCCUACGUGCCCCUGUGGCUGGGCAGUGAGGCAGGCUUCUACGUGGACUCGGCCCCGCCCACGCAUGCCUUAAGCCCCUGCGGCCACGUGUGCUCGGAGAAGACGGCGACGUACUGGAGCCAGAUCCCGUUGCCCGACGGCACACACACGUUCCACGCCGCCUGCCCCUUCUGCGCCCAGCAGCUGAGUGCCGAGCACCCCUACGUCAGACUCAUUUUCCAGGGCCCCAUGGACUAGACCCUCUUUGCCCGUAGCCGCUUCUGUCAUCCCCUCAGUUUUCACUUCCUAUUCCUUUCCCGUUAAUGACACUUUUGGAUUUUUUUUUUUUUUUUUAAAUACGAUACUUCCGGUACUUUUUCUGUACCAAUAAGGAGUAAAUGUGACGAUAGUUUCAUGAAGGGGGUUAAAGAACUAAAGAGCACCUGUUACCCGCUUACAGAUGUGGUGUUAACCAUUUUUAAUGACUGUCAUACACUGGUUCCUUAGUUUACGAACGCCACUGGGGCUGGAAGUCUGUCUGUAGCUCCAUUUACUCUAAAAUCCAAAGUCAGUUUUACCAGUAAGUCAGGUAGUAAUGGCUUAAUAAUACAGACAUCCGUCAACUUACUUGCUGGUUAGGUUCUACAAACCUCAGAUUACGCUAUAAUAAAUCUGUACUGUAAUGCUUUAUUUUAUUUGAAUUAAUAUCCGUAAUUCUUAACUGUUUGUUCAAAGCAAGGUUGCUGUGGUCCAGUAUGCAAAUGUAGGUUGCUUUUGCUUCCAAAGAAACAAAGUUUUACAAAAUGGAUCAUGAAUAAGAAUAUAACUAAAAAUAAACAGGAAAGUGUUUGUAUCUUUAAGAAUUUGUAACUUCAACGUUCGAAACACGAGGAGCCAGUGUACCUCCCCAUUUUCCGUCCCCUCCCCAGUUUUAGGAUUUACUAAUGUUCACAGCUGGUCAGUGUUUGUCUUCACAUUGUUCCACGUUUUUUAGAAACACUUCACGUCAACAGAGAUCAUUUAUGUUGUUAAAUACUAGCAUUGAGAACUGCAAACUAUAUUAGUUUAUAGGAAACGUUCUUAAGAGACGAACAGGCUGAGGUUGAAUCCUGGUUGACAUUCACACCAGUUAAAAACGAUAAUCUGUCAGGUGGUUCCGGGGUUUCCUGUUGUUUCCCAUUGAAGUCUGAUGAUGACUGAUGAUCAAGCUGAGUUGUUUUUAGUGUUCUGUCUUUUUCAUUCUUAAUUUUGUUCUGUUCUUUCCAUGUGCAGACAUUGGUCAUCUGGGGAAACUCCUUUUUCGUUCUUCCUGGAAUGAAUGAGCAGAUUCACCUGUCCUUUCAAAUGACAUUUUGUGCCAUUUGUGACUCAGGUGAAGCACUCUUCUUUUCACUUCUCAUCUUCUCUACAGCUAUGAAUGCAGUAGGUCACGCAUGUUUGUGUGUGCCUGCACGUACGCGCGCGCGCGCGCACACACACACACACACACACACACACACACACACACACACGUGGAUAGACAUCCCAGUGUUUCGGGUGUUCAGUAAUGUUUUCAGUCUUUUUGUUAUGAAAUCCUAUAUUUAAAAGUAUUACAAAGGCUUUUAAAUAGUCUUACCAUUUGUUAAAUUCAUCUGUAUCAUUUGGGGGGAAAAUGUGCUGUCGAUACAUUUGUCAGAGUUGAUUUCACUGCCUUCCAAGAGUGUUGAGAAGAAUGUGAAGUUGUUGUUUUUUCCCUUUUUUUUUUAAAAAAAUAACAGAAGAAACAAAUUCAGAGCCCCAGAUUUAGGUGACUAUAAAUGGACACUUUAUAUCAUUGUGAAGUGGGAAAGUCUGUAUUUAGGUUCAAACCCUUUUAACUGCAGACUCUUCAAGCUGCUCUUUGUUGGUUACACUUCCUGCCUUCAGUCUCCUCAUGAAAAGUCGCUUCAGUUGUUUUCCGGUCUGAUCAUUGACUUAGCCAGCUGGAAAUGCUCCUUUUUUCCUGUCCCAUAGACCCGUGUUGUGAGUUAUGCUUGAGUCAUCGUCCUCUGUAAUGAAUGUCCACCUGGUAAAUGUGGUGGCACAUUUUUCCUACAUCUGCAAAUGAGCUCUGUUUAUGCAUCUCUAAAUUCACCACCCUGCUGUGAUCUCUAUUCAGUAAGGUGAUUGCUAAACCCCAGAUCCUAAAGAUCCUGUUCCGAAAGCCACCCCACAAGUCGUGAUGAUCCCCCCCCUACCUUGAUUCUUUGAAGUGCUCUGCUCCAGGUCAUUGGCUGCUCCUGUUGUUCCAUCCAGGCCUUUUCAUCCCUUUGCUAGUGAUCUUCACUGUGGUCUUGUGUCUGAAAAGCCUUAUUCCAGAACUUAGUUAUUUUUUUCUUUCUUUUUCCCUUUGAGUCAUUCUGUUCCAGCUGCUGACAAGGUGUUUACACCUGGUGUAUAACCUCUUUCACUUGCUGAGGUUUGCUGCGUAUUGUGGAAUUUAAGAUUUGCAACUCCAAGGUUUGAAAUAGCUGUGAACUGAGGCAUUCACUCCUUCGUCUCAUCUUUGGAUUUCAGCUCAAUGUUCCGAGCAUACGGAUUAUAAUGAUCCGAUUUUUGUUCCAAAACUUUUGGAAGGCAUCGUAAGUACGUUUUUAGAAUUGCGGAUGUUCAAAAGGAUGUGAUUUCACGUGUGUGCAUGUGCGUGCACUGGAGACGUACCAAGUCUUACUGUUAACUUUUUGUGUAUCUGCAGGAGUGGUACAGAUGCAGUCACCUCAGGGAGAGUCUGGGGUCGGUCACAUGGUCAUGUUUAUUUACCUGAUGCUGUUCUCCAAAGCAACUUAAAAUUUACCCGUUUAUUCAGCUGGGU